UUUCUUCCGGUCUGAGACAAGGUAAAAUCAAAAUAGUACGGAAACUCCCGAAUUGUUACGACGAAACAAAAAAAAAAUCUCGACUGCUCCGACAGCAAAUAGGAUAUACCACUGUCUGUGAUUUGCGCAGUUUUACAGGUAUAUUUCAACAUACGUACCCGGGUUGACUGUGAUAAAGCGCAGUGUGUCGUGACCAGCGAUUUCGAAAUUUUUAUCUGUUUGUGUACAUUCUCAAACUCGCUAUAUUGAUCAGCUGUUGACCACAUAACACACAUUUCAGGAUGAAAUGGUGGACAUUUAUUGUGGUCCUUGCGAUAGCAAUUUCAUUGGUCAGUGCUCGUGGGGGCCGAGGUGGUGGAGGUCGUUUUUCCGGCAGGGGUCGCUACAGUAGCUCAAGUAGAUCGACGUCAUACCGUUCCUCCUUCAGCGGUAACCGUCUCUCUAGUUCCAGCAGUAUCCGCUCCGCCCUGCUGCUAGGGACAGUCUAUGGAGCCUCGCGGUAUCGAUCCAGAGCCAGAUACAUCGCCGAUGGCACACUGCCAGAGGUAUGCUACAACGACAGUUACAACAGGAGUGCUAAUGGCACCGUAUCGUACCAAGGCCGGUUCUUUUGUCCACUUGAUGAGAACAUGUCCGAGGACUAUCGGUAUUGUUGUGGAGAAGAGGGACAACAGUACUGUUGUACAUUCUGGGACAAACCUGGUCAUAUUGUGGGUGUGGUAUUUGGAAUAAUAGCCGGCGUUGUAGCAUUGUUCGUCGUUGUUUUCUGCGUAAUUAAAUACAUGAAGACGACAAAAUCAAGAAAUCACAACCGUCCCUAUACAUCCAACAUAUCCAACACAUCGAAUGGGCAUGCCAGUUAUCCACCAGCCUACGCACCGCCUACCUAUGAAAUGUCUUGUGUGGAUUCCAAUGGGAAAACUCCAUACCCAACCAGUGAUAUGAUGGGGUACUCUAAUCCUUCCUACCCACCCACAGCGAAUGCACCCUACCCAACAAAGGACGACACAGGGGGUCAACAUCCUUGGAAAAUAUAGUACUUACAGAUAUUGUUUUAAAAAAAAGUCUCAAUGGCUUACUUUUUUGAGAGAGAGAGAGAGAGAGAGAGAGAGAGAGAGAGAGAGAGAGAGAGAGAGAGAGAGAAAUGAACCAAAACACUGUACAUUAGAUUUUCUCAGUUUUUCAAAUGAUUUUUUAAUUUCUGUAUCAUCAGUAUUUUCGUCUAUAAUUAUGCCAAUGCGAAGGUGGCAUUUUGCAAGAGUCUUUGCUGUACAUAAUGUUUGUAUCGAUAUGAUAGCUCAUUGCUUAAAGAGUUUAUAACAACCUUUGUUGUAAAGGUACAUGUAUCCCACAUGUCAGGUGAGAUUAACCUUUAAAAAAUUCCAACAAGAAAAUAAUUUUUCCCACAGUAGAAGCAAUUUUCCGAUAGGAUAUUUAAAAUUUCCUACCGGAAUAAAAGAACCUCUUGUAGGACCUUUAGUAUCAAUAAGAUUUGAACAAAAUCCCCAUAGGAUUUUAAAAUCCAAUCGAAAAUCUCAAUUUCCUACAGGAAAACUACCUGUCUAAUUUCAAUUUCUGUGCAUGGGAAAUACAUAGGAUUUAAGAAAUUCUUAGGAUUUAUCAAUAUUUCAUGUAGGAAAAUUAUUUCUCCAAUGGGAAAUAUUAAUUUCCAAUGGGAUAUUAGUUUUUAAAGGUAAAUAUCUUGCCUGUCAGGUGAGACACACUAUAAAAACAAAAGUGGUUAUUUACUCUCUAAGACAAUAGUCUAGUAUCAUUUAGUUGAUAUCAAUUUAUACGAAACUGCAUUUUGAGCGAGUGCAAAAAUGCCACCUUGGCGCUGACAUAAUUAUCGGGCACAGUGGUCUAUGUUAUACCAACAAAUAUCUCCUCAUCACAAUGAUAUUAUAUCUAUUUUUAGACAAAAAUCUUCCAUUAAUUAUUAUAAUACAUGUACAUGUUUAUGUCCAUCACAACAAUGGUGCCAUAUGUUUGUACAAAAUGUUGUGCUUUUUCUAUGUUUCAUAUUUAUCUGGAAGGGUAUUUUUUCUGUGAAAAAAACCCUCACCACCUUUGUGAUAGUACAAACCUUUUUUUAUACGUUCAUCAUGUUUAAUGAGAAUACAAUUCACCUUUUUAAUUCAAGUUUUCAUAUAGCUUAUAUACAUGUAUAGGAGUUUACAAUAAAUAAUGAAAUAUU